GAGGGGUUGAUUGUUGUAUUGUGUUGGUCGCACGUGUUGACGAGAGUCAUCUACUUCCAUUGGUUCUUGGCGUGGUUGGAGGUUAUAUUGUACCAGCACAUUUGGGUUAUAUCUCCUUCUAUCAUCAUAUCUCUGUUGUUGAGGAUUUUGUCGCUGGUUAUAUCUUUGUGGUGUAAUUUGUGCGUCGAACUGCAUGUUCGUAUCGUCGUUAUAAAUCGUGCUUGCGAUUGCAUAUGCGGUUUUUAAGUCUUUUGGGUGAUGACUGUAUAAUGUGCCGCUUGUAUACCUGCUGUUGAGUCCUGUGAUGAAAGUAUGGACUGCUUCUUGGCUUGCAUAUUCUAACAUGGAUGCAGGUCCUUGUUCUCCUGACAUCUCUAUCUUUGAGAGUGAGAGAUUCAGUGCUCUGCUGAUUUCGCUGUGAAAUUCCGAUUAUGUGCGUGUUCCUUGUGUAAUUUUCUUCCAGAAGUACAUACAAUGGUCGUUGAUCAGCAUAUGUGUAAUCAAGCCUUUAAUUGUGUGUUAUUUAGAGCCUUUGUAUUUCUACCUGUGCUCGUAGAGUUGCGAGUCCUGGGGCCCUAUUCUGUAACUCGAAUCGAAAGUUGAUUCUAUUCGAAUUUGUUAUUCGAGUCGAAUUUGGUUUAGCAUUCUGUAAAAGUUUCGGAUCGAGUUUCUAGUUUUGCGAAAGUUGUGCCACCCUGUGCCAGAAUUUUCGAAUGUCAAACGUCAAAAUACGUAGAAGGAAAACAAGUAAACAACUACAUAAUUUAAAUUAAACAAUUGUUAUUCAUUUUAUCAACAAACAAAAAAUGGAUUCUGUUGCAUUGUGGAUGGACGAAGAAAUUAAUGAAGAGAGAAAUGCAAGAAGGGCUAUAAGAGAUCAUUUUAAUAUUGAUGAAUUAUCGGAAAGAAGCUUCAUAAAAAAUUUUCGGCUUUCCAAGGAUGCCUUCAGUUAUGUGUUGAGGAGCAUAGAACACGAAUUACAUGCACCUAUAAGAUCUACGGCAGUAACUCCGACAGUAAAACUUGCUGCUACUCUAACAUUUCUGGGACAAGGGGGCUAUCAGCACCAAAUAGGGCAAGACCGUUUCGCAGGAUUAGCGCAAUCCACGACUUCUAAAUGUAUCACGGAAGUAGUUAAUGCGAUUGAAAAAACUUUAUGUCCGAGGCACAUAAAAUUUGAAAUGACCGUGCAAGAAAAGCGUGAAUCCAAAAACCAUUUCUACUCAAAAUUUGGAUUACCAGGAAUAAUAGGUGCUGUUGAUGGAACCCAUAUCC